GUCCGAGAAGGCAGAGAAACAGAGAGGAAAUUAUGGGGAGGGGAAAGGUGCAGCUGAAGCGCAUAGAGAACAAGAUUAACCGCCAAGUGACCUUCGCUAAGCGCCGGAACGGGCUUUUGAAGAAGGCCAGAGAGCUCUCGAUUCUCUGCGACGUGGAGGUCGCACUCAUCAUCUAUUCCAACCAUGGCAAACUCUCCGAGUUCUGCAGUAACAGCAGUAUGUUGCAAACACUUGAGAGGUACGAAAAGCAUAACAAUAAUGCACCAGAGUUGAGCACAACAUCAAGAGAGACUCAGAUACAGGGCAGUCAAAUGGAGUACAUAACUCUCAAAUCACACGUUGAAGCCUUACAAAGAUCUCAAAGAAAUCUUAUGGGGGAAGACCUUGGUCUCCUUGGUCGCAAUGAUUUAGAUCAACUGGAGCGCCAGUUGAAUGCAUCACUUGCGCAAAUACGAUUUACAAAGACCCAAUAUAUGCAUGAUCAGUUGUGCGACCUUCAACAAAAGGAAAUAUCACUCCUUCAGGAAAAUGAAUCGCUAAGGAGAACAAUGGAGGAUACGAGUCAGUUGAACGGUCAGCAGCAGGCUUGGGAUCCAAACUUGUCCCAGCAAUUAGCACAUGAUGGACAGCGGGAUCAGCUGCAGGGGGAUGGCUUCUAUUACUCCAUGGAGUAUGAACCCAAUCUACAAAUGGGCUUUCCAUAGAGAUUUAUUUGUUGAAGUUUAACCUUAGUUAACUUUACUGUGGAUAAAUAGUAUGUAUAAAUAUUAUGCGGGUUUUCUUGC